AUGGGGGAGAAAGUUUCGGAGGCGCCAGAGCCGGUGGCCCGUGGCUGUAGUGGCCACGGCGCUCGGACUCUUGCCCCUGCGGCAGCCGCCUCGUCCUCGAUGGGCGCUUCCUCCGCCGAGUCUUCCUCGGGCUCUGAAACUCUUUCCGAGGAAGGGGAGCUGGGCGGCUUCUCCCGCAAGUCGCAGCAGCCUGCGCCGCCGGGCGGCGCCCUGGGUGCCCGACCGCCCGCCGCGUGGGCUCCCGCGCGCGUGGUGCUGGAGCAUGGAGUCCCUACAUUGCCGCUGCCACUCGGAGGAGCCGCGCCACCCGCGCCCGGGGGCAGCAGCGCGUCCCAGGAGGAGCAGGACGAGGAGCUUGAUCAUAUCCUGUCCCCACCACCCAUGCCAUUUCGGAAAUGCAGCAACCCAGAUGUGGCUUCUGGUCCUGGCAAGUCAUUGAAGUAUAAAAGACAGCUGAGUGAGGAUGGAAGGCAGCUGCGGCGUGGGAGCCUGGGAGGAGCCCUGACUGGACGAUACCUCCUUCCAAAUGCAGUGGCUGGCCAGGCGUGGCCAGCCUCAGCAGAGACAUCCAACCUCGUGCGCAUGCGCAGCCAGGCCCUGGGCCAGUCGGCGCCCUCGCUCACUGCCAGCCUGAAGGAGCUGAGUCUUCCCCGAAGAGGAAGUCUUUGCCGAACAAGCAACCGGAAAAGCUUGAUAGGCAAUGGACAGUCACCAGCAUUGCCUAGACCACACUCGCCUCUCUCUGCUCAUGCAGGAAAUAGCCCUCAAGAUAGUCCAAGAAAUUUCUCCCCCAGUGCCUCAGCCCAUUUUUCAUUUGCACGGAGGUCUGAUGGACGCCGCUGGUCCUUGGCUUCCCUCCCCUCCUCUGGCUAUGGGACAAACACACCCAGUUCUACUGUCUCUUCAUCCUGCUCCUCCCAGGAGAAGUUGCAUCAGUUACCAUACCAACCAACGCCAGAUGAAUUACACUUCUUAUCGAAACAUUUUUGUACCACUGAAAGCAUUGCCACUGAGAACAGAUGCAGGAACACACCCAUGCGCCCCCGUUCCCGGAGUCUCAGCCCUGGACGUUCCCCCGCCUGCUGUGACCAUGAAAUAAUUAUGAUGAACCAUGUCUACAAAGAAAGGUUCCCAAAGGCUACAGCUCAGAUGGAAGAACGUCUAAAGGAAAUUAUCACCAGCUACUCCCCUGACAACGUUCUUCCCCUAGCAGAUGGAGUGCUUAGUUUCACUCACCAUCAGAUUAUUGAACUGGCUCGAGAUUGUUUGGAUAAAUCCCACCAGGGUCUCAUCACCUCACGAUACUUCCUUGAAUUGCAACACAAAUUAGAUAAGUUGCUACAGGAGGCUCAUGAUCGUUCAGAAAGUGGAGAAUUGGCAUUUAUUAAACAGCUAGUCCGAAAGAUUCUAAUUGUUAUUGCCCGCCCUGCUCGGUUAUUGGAGUGCCUGGAAUUUGAUCCUGAAGAAUUUUAUUACCUAUUAGAAGCAGCAGAAGGCCAUGCAAAAGAAGGACAGGGUAUCAAAACUGACAUCCCCAGGUACAUCAUCAGCCAGCUGGGUCUCAAUAAGGAUCCUCUGGAAGAAAUGGCUCAGUUGGGGAACUACGAUAGUGGGACAGCAGAAACACCAGAAACAGAUGAGUCAGUGGGUAGCUCUAAUGCUUCCCUGAAACUUCGAAGGAAACCUCGAGAAAGUGAUUUUGAAACAAUUAAAUUGAUUAGUAAUGGAGCCUAUGGGGCAGUCUACUUUGUUCGACAUAAGGAGUCCCGGCAGAGGUUUGCCAUGAAGAAGAUUAAUAAACAGAACCUCAUCCUUCGAAACCAGAUCCAGCAGGCCUUUGUGGAACGUGACAUCCUAACCUUUGCAGAAAACCCCUUUGUUGUGAGCAUGUAUUGCUCCUUUGAAACAAGGCGCCACUUGUGCAUGGUCAUGGAAUACGUGGAAGGGGGAGACUGUGCUACCUUAAUGAAAAACAUGGGUCCUCUCCCUGUUGAUAUGGCCAGGAUGUACUUUGCUGAGACUGUCUUGGCCUUGGAAUAUCUACAUAAUUAUGGGAUUGUACACAGGGAUUUGAAACCAGAUAACUUGUUGGUCACCUCCAUGGGGCACAUAAAGCUGACAGAUUUUGGUUUAUCUAAGGUGGGACUAAUGAGCAUGACUACCAAUCUUUAUGAGGGUCAUAUUGAGAAGGAUGCUCGAGAGUUCCUGGAUAAACAGGUCUGUGGCACACCUGAAUACAUCGCCCCAGAAGUGAUUCUGAGGCAGGGCUAUGGGAAGCCAGUGGACUGGUGGGCCAUGGGGAUAAUCCUCUAUGAAUUUCUGGUUGGAUGUGUGCCAUUCUUUGGGGAUACUCCAGAAGAGCUAUUUGGACAAGUCAUCAGUGAUGAAAUCAAUUGGCCUGAGAAGGAUGAGGCCCCACCACCAGAUGCCCAGGAUCUAAUCACUCUGCUUCUCAGGCAGAAUCCUCUGGAAAGGCUGGGUACAGGUGGUGCAUACGAAGUCAAGCAGCAUCGCUUCUUCCGUUCUUUAGACUGGAACAGUUUGCUGAGACAGAAGGCAGAAUUUAUUCCCCAACUGGAAUCUGAGGAUGACACAAGUUAUUUUGAUACUCGGUCAGAGAAGUAUCAUCAUAUGGAAACUGAAGAAGAAGAUGAUACUAAUGAUGAAGAUUUUAAUGUGGAGAUAAGGCAGUUCUCCUCAUGUUCACACAGGUUUUCAAAAGUCUUUAGCAGUAUAGAUCGAAUAACUCAGAAUUCAGGAGAAGAAAAAGAAGACUCUGGGGACAAAACCAAAAGCACAACCUUGCCAUCCACGGAAACGUUAAGCUGGAGUUCGGAAUAUUCUGAAGUGCAACAGUUAUCGACAUCCAACUCUUCAGAUACUGAAAGCAACAGACAUAAACUCAGUUCUGGUCUACUUCCCAAACUGGCAAUUUCAGCAGAGGGAGAACAAGAUGAAGCCACUCCCUGUCCUGGAGACCCUCAUGAGGAGCCUGGGAAGCCAGCCCUUCCUCCUGAAGAGUGUGCUCAGGAGGAACCUGAGGUCACCACCCCAGCCAGCACCAUCAGCAGCUCCACCCUGUCAGUUGGCAGUUUUUCAGAGCACUUGGAUCAGAUAAAUGGACGAAGCGAGUGUGUGGACAGUACAGAUAAUUCCUCAAAGCCAUCCAGUGAACCCGCCUCUCACAUGGCUCGGCAGCGAUUAGAAAGCACAGAAAAAAAGAAAAUCUCGGGGAAAGUCACAAAGUCCCUUUCUGCCAGUGCUCUGUCCCUCAUGAUCCCAGGAGAUAUGUUUGCUGUCUCUCCACUGGGAAGUCCAAUGUCUCCCCACUCCUUGUCAUCGGAUCCUUCUUCUUCACGAGAUUCUUCUCCCAGUCGAGACUCUUCUUCAACAGCUGCUGCGAGUCCCCAUCAGCCCAUUGUGAUCCACAGUUCAGGGAAGAACUAUGGUUUCACCAUCCGAGCCAUCCGGGUGUACGUGGGAGACAGUGACAUCUAUACAGUGCACCAUAUCGUUUGGAAUGUAGAAGAAGGAAGUCCAGCAUACCAGGCAGGACUAAAGGCUGGGGAUCUGAUCACACACAUCAAUGGAGAGCCAGUGCAUGGACUUGUUCACACAGAAGUUAUAGAGCUCCUGCUGAAGAGUGGAAAUAAGGUGUCAAUCACCACUACCCCAUUUGAAAACACAUCAAUCAAAACAGGACCAGCCAGGAGAAACAGCUAUAAGAGCCGGAUGGUGAGGCGGAGCAAGAAGUCUAAGAAGAAGGAAAGUCUAGAAAGGAGGAGAUCUCUUUUCAAAAAGCUAGCCAAACAGCCUUCUCCUUUACUCCACACCAGUCGAAGUUUCUCCUGCUUGAACCGGUCCCUGUCAUCCGGAGAGAGCCUCCCAGGUUCCCCCACUCACAGCUUGUCUCCUCGAUCUCCCACACCCAGCUAUCGCUCCACCCCUGACUUUCCAUCUGGUACUAAUUCCUCCCAGAGCAGCUCCCCAAGUUCUAGUGCCCCCAAUUCCCCAGCCGGGUCAGGGCACAUCCGCCCCAGCACCCUCCACGGCCUGGCCCCCAAACUCAGUGGGCAGAGGUACCGCUCCGGAAGAAGAAAGUCAGCCGGCAGCAUUCCACUCUCCCCGCUGGCCCGGACACCCUCUCCAACGCCCCAGCCCACCUCCCCACAACGCUCACCAUCCCCAUUAUUGGGACACUCACUUGGCAAUGCCAAGAUUGCACAAGCCUUUCCCAGCAAGAUGCACUCCCCCCCCACCAUUGUCAGACACAUUGUGAGGCCCAAGAGUGCUGAGCCCCCACGGUCACCUCUGCUCAAGCGUGUGCAGUCCGAGGAAAAGUUGUCACCUUCCUAUGGCAGUGACAAAAAGCACCUGUGCUCCCGCAAACACAGUCUGGAAGUGACCCAGGAGGAGGUGCAGAGGGAGCAGUCCCAGCGGGAGGCAACUCUACAGAGCCUGGAGGAGAACGUGUGCGAUGCCCCGUCCCUAAGUCGUGCCCGGCCAGUGGAGCAAGGCUGCCUAAAACGCCCGGUCUCCAGGAAGCUGGGUCGGCAGGAGUCUGUGGACGACGUGGACCGAGACAAACUGAAGUCCAAGGUGACAGUGAAGAAACCAGAUGGCCUCCCAGAAAAGCCUGAAUCCCAUCAGAAACCCCAUGGUCUCAGCAGUGAUGCAGAAAAUCACGCUCUCUUUAGGCUAGAGGAGAGAGAGAAGAAAGUCUACCCCAAGCCUUUAGAAAGGUCAAGUCAUUUUGAAAACAAAGCAGCAGAGGCCCAGUCUCUGGGCAACCGGCUGAAAGAUGUUCUCCACAAGCAGGCCAGUGUGCGGGCCACUGAGGGGAUGGCCUCCGAAGGGACAGCAGCUGCCUGUGGCCCAGCACCAGGGGAGCACAACCAGGGCAUGGGUGAUUUCAAAAGGGCCUCUGCUCCCAGCACCCUCCAGGACAGUCUCUGUCGCUCCCCUGACAGGUCCACCUCUGGGAAGGGUGAAAACACAGAGAAGACCUCCCAGGCCAAGGAGUUCCUCCGAAGUGAGAAGUUAGACAGUAAACUGGCCAAUAUUGAUUACCUCCGAAAGAAAAUGUCACUUGAAGACAAAGAAGAUGGCCACUGCUCCAUGCUGAAGCCCAAGAUAACAUCUAGCACCCAUGAAUGCCUGCCAGGGAACCCAGUCCGACCCAUGGGUGGGCAGCAGGAGGCCCCACCUGGCUCUGAGAGCCGAGCAUUUAUAAGCAGCACCCACACAACUCAGAUGAGCACCGUCUCCUUUGUUUCUCUCAAGACCUUAGCUGGCCGGGUGGAUGGUGGAGCAGAGAAGUCAGGUUUGGUUGCUCCUGAGUCCCCUGUCAGGAAAAGCCCCUCUGAGUAUAAGCUGGAGGGUCGGUCAGUUUCAUGCCUGAAGCCCAUUGAGGGUACACUGGACAUUGCUCUUCUGUCUGGGCCCCAUGCCUCUAAGACAGAGCAGCCAUCACCAGAGCCUACACAGAGUCCCAGCCCUGGUGGUGACAUGGCACCCUCUGUGCCACUACCUCUUCCUGGCAGUAGUGGGAAGAAGAGUGAAACCUCCAGCCUGAGAGAGCCUUCCCCUGCCAGCUUAAAGAUGAAUAAAGCCUACCUGCUCGAGCCUCGGUUCCUGCCCCCCAGCCGGGGUCUCCAGAACUCACCAGCAGCUUCCCUGCCCGACCCAGAGCUAAAGAGAGACAGAAAAGUUUCCCAUCCUGCUGCCAGGAGCCCAUUGACAGUCAUGGAAAACGAUUCCCAGCAGAGAGUGUGUGGCCCCACUAAACACCAAGACUGUGCUGCUGACACCAAGGUCAUCCCUGGCCUGGGACAGACACAGCAUUGCAAUGACCAGGCUCGGCCAUGUGGCCCUCUCCCAUCUGAAGGGGCCCCCUCAAAGGAGAAGGCAAACCUAAAAGAUCCAUCUGAAAAGGGACCCUCCACAGGGAGGAGUGAGCGUUCUGCCUUGAGAGCGGAUGUGCACAGAGACCCCAUUGUGGAACUGUAUCCUCUAGAGACUGCUAAAGCCAAUGACAACUGCAAAAAUCUCCCUUCUGUGGGAAGGACCCACCCAGAUGCUAGUAGUGCACAGGCCCAGACCCCGGAGAAAGCGUGGGGACCUUGUGCAAAGAUAUACCACAGAGAUGGCCAAGGUGAGGCAAGGUCCCUGAUCAGAGAGGACUCUUCCUUGAACUCUGCUAGAAUUCCUUGUGAAAGGGAGGUGGGCAAGAUAAGAAGUAGCAUGGAACCCAAGCCUGAAGCCCCCCCUACCAAGUGUCCCCUACAGCCACUCGGAAUUGAGAGUAGGAAAACUGAAAAGCUCCCCAGUUUCUCCUCUUUGCAGAAAGAGGGUCCCAAGGAGCCUGACAGGAAAGAGCAGCCUCUACAAAGGCAUGUGAGCAGUGACUCUCAGCACCCCCUGACCACCAAAGACCUGUCCUGCCUGGCCUCUCGGCAGCACUGCAGUUCCUCAAGCCUUGGUCCCCAAGGGACCAAGCCAGGUGUGGCAGAACCUGCAGCAGCCUUCCAGGAUCCUCCUAGGCCUUCUGUUGCUGUGCGCAGUGAGAGCAGUGACCACAAUCUCCGACCUGGCCCUGACCCCGGCCCUUCAAAGUCCAAGCACCCAGACAGGUCCCUGUCCUCACAGAAAUCAAGUGUUGUCACUGCAAAGGGCAAAGAGCCUGUCACUCAGCCCCUCAGUGGCUCUAGCAGAGAGGGAAGGAGCAAUAGUAAAGGUGGAUUGGAUGUGUUCACUGCCAUCCCAGGCUCCCAGAGCAAAGCUAACGAGGUGGGUGGUGGGGGAGAAAGUGUGCCCUUCAACCCACUGCACACUGAAGAGAGUCCUUUUGAUCCCAAACUGAAACCCAGCAGUGGGCAUGGCCCAGAGAAGCAGGAGAAGCAGCUGCAUUUGCCAAGGCCAGGACACCCAGGCUUCAGCGAGUCAGUAGACCAUAAACCUCCCAUUGUCAGUGAAAAGCAAAGCCUGUCUCCAAAGCACCCCAAACCAUCCACUGUGAAAGACUGUCCCCCUCUGUGCAGACAGACCGACAGAAGCCCAAGUCAGCAGGUCCCCGCUGCAGACAGGAAGCCAGAAGGGAAGAAAUGCACAGAAGCACUUUAUGUUCCUGCGGCAGACAGCGGGAAGCUGGAGGCCAGCCUUUCCCUAGCUCAUGGUGAGGCCCGGCUGAAAGGCACAGAGAAGCCAGGUGCAGCGGUGGGAAAGGGCUCCUCAGAGGCCAAGGGGAAGGGACCUGGUCCCCAGAAGACCCUGGCUGAGGCUGGCAAGCUCAGCAGCAUGAAACGGUCACCCUCGGCCACUGGGCAGAGUUCUUUCCGAUCCUCUGCCCUCCCAGAGAAGUCUCUGAGCUACUCCUCCAGCUUCCCCGAGGCCCAGCCUGGAGUUCGAGAUGCUGCCACGGCCAGCAGCAGCCCCUCUUCUGCCAAGGCCAAUGGGGCCGCACUUGAGCCUACAGCCCCCAGCAACAGGGACCACAGGAAGUCCCAGUCUGGGGCAGAUGGCAGAACCCAAAUGACAAAGAGUGACUCUUUGCCAUCCUUCCGCCUCGCCACCUCUACUCUGGAGUCACAGCACUCAGAUUCACAGGGGCUGAGCGGAGUAGGCCACAGGGACAGAGCGCUCUCGGUCACCGCUGCCACAGGAGAAACCAAAGGUCGAGAGCCUGCCCCCUCCCAGCCUCUCCCCACUAGGAAACAGAAUGUGGGCAGGGAGGCAAUCAAGGCACCCCAAGCCCCAAACUCUGAUCGCCCCAUCACCCUUUCUUCAGAGAAGGACUUUGUGGUGCGGCAGAGACGGGGCAAAGAGAGUUUGCGUAGCAGUCCUCACAAAAAAGCCUCCUAACUGGGCAGGCCCCAGAGCAGGAUUGUGGAGACCCCACCUGAAUGUGUAACUGUGUCUUGACCACCUUCGAAACCAGCACUGUGUGGGAAUGUCCGCCAGGCAGAGCUUAGAGCCUCACUGAGAAGGAGUGGGAGAGAGAGAGGGAACCUUCUUCCAGAUGCCUUCCUAGUUGGAACCGGUAGAACUGUUGCCAGAUGGUAUUUGUACAAAAAAGAAGUAAUACCUUUACAGCUAAGGAUUGUUGAGGAAAGAGAUUUUUCUCUGUAAAUAUCUAGAAAUGUGUUUGGUUUGGGAUGUAGAGUCUAUACCUUGCUGCUGAUUGCAUUGUUUACUACAGCUUUUUAAAAUUAAGAUCUUUGCUUUACCACUUAUCAUAAUGUAGUAAUGAAGCAGAAUGGUCAGAACUGGGUGUGUGUAAAAAUAGAUACAUCCAUAUUCAUGUAUGUACACAUCCACCCACAUGUUUUGGUCUGUGGUUUGAGAAUAUUUCAAGGCUCUGUUUUUAUAAGUAGUUAAAGAUGAAAGAAAGCCCUAAAUACAGUAGAUUGUGAGUUUUUAAAUGUGUAUUUUUAAACCAGUUUCUGAUAGUACUGGAUCUGGCUACCUGUAUUUCCAGUUCUAAAGCAAGAGCACUCUGAUUGCUGCAUUUGGAAUCCUCCAUUAUGAAUGGUCAGGACAAAUGAAGCUAGCCAUUUUCCUUUCUCAGUCAUCCUAGUAGACAUUUUAAUCCUUAGGUCCUGCUGUCUAAAAGGCCAGUUGUUCUUGUCUGUCAGUUAUAUGUCUGGUCUUCUUUGGUGGUAGAGCAGGGACUAUAAACAUAUAUCACCUUUGUUUCUGUUCUUUCUUUCCUUUCUUUUCAAAUGGUUACACUCAGGCCUUUGUGCUAUGAGUGACUAGUCCAAGAAGCACACAUUUUGUGGUAGUCCUGCACCAACCCUGCUCUUGAAUAAAAAAAUAAAAUAACUGGCUGCACACAAAUCUGCUGGUACUUAGGUCAAGUGAUAAGCAUCAGGCAUUGGAAGAGGUUUUAAAUUUGCUUUUUUGAGGAAAAGAAGGGGGGGGGGGAGUUGGAUUUUGGCAUCAUAGCAUAUAUAUUAAGGAAUAAUCAGGACAUCAGAUACAUUUUAAUACAUAGCUGGGGCCUUAUGUUGUAGAUGAAGCUUGCUGUUUUUAGCAAGUUCCUGGGUUUCACAUUCAUUUCUGAUGCAUCGAAUAGCUCCAUGUAUUUCAUAACAUGAACUCUCUAUUUGUAUGCAAAAAUUACUGUAUUAAUAAAGAGCAGCAUUUUUGUAACAAAAGAGACUUAGUGGAGCUAUUUGGUGCUUGAAUGUGAUCAUCCUUUUUACUUUUGCUAAGCCUUAUUUAAAUUUUGUAUACCAUGAAAUAUGUAGAAUUUGUCAAAUCAUUUAAAUGCUGAGGGGUUUUGAUUUUUUUUGUUGAAGUUUUUUGGUGGCUUGUUUUGAAUUGUGAGAUGGCACUUGCUGACAUAAGUACUAAGGCACUGAGAGACAAUGCAGAUAAGUAUUUAUAAGAUGCUUGGGACACAUUGCAGGAGUUUUGGUUUUGUAAGAUGAAAAAUUUACCAAUAAAUGACUAACCUAGCCCCAAAUCCCCUUGGGAUGUCUUAGUAGCUUUAUGCUAUAAAAUUGUUUAUGUAAUCACAGCAUCAUUGUACAGCCCUAUAGAUUGUAAAUCAUCUAGCAAGGCUGUAAGCACUCCAUAAACAAAGGUAUAACAACCUACUACUCGGUUGUCCUUUGUUGUAAAGUGAGUUGCAAUGACAGGAAAAAAAAGUUUCCUCUUUGCCCCUGUUUUUUUCCAUGUAGUUUUAGCCAUUCCCCAUCACUACAUGUUGAAAUGUAGAAAAAAAAAUAUUUUUUACAAGAACUUAAAAGAAUUUCAAAGUGGUCUCAAAGCUUUUAAUACAUAUGUUUGGCAGUUGUCAGAACCUGAUCCUUCUAUACUCAGACAUCAAUCCAGGUCUGUCCAGGAGGUAGUUCAUGGUUUACAGCCUUUGCUUUUUAACUGUCCAGUUUUCUUUAAAGCACAAUUAGCUGCUUGUUUACAAAGGAUAUUUUUAUGUAUAUUUUGUAUAGUGUAUUAUCAUUUUUGCCAAAUAUGUUUUUGCAUUUGGGAUGAGUAAAGAGUACUUAAGGUUGCAUUCAUGUAUUACCUGUUUGUUGUUGUGAAGCUCUCCAGUCAGCUGGUAGAAAUUCUCCUGUGUUCUCUUUGGUCAGUCUCUGUGUGAUUGUAAGAUGUGCUCCUCGGUAGUACUCCCAGCUGUAGACUUAACAGCUUAAAAGUUUGUUAGGAUCUGUGCAAUAAAGUGUUUGCAGUCUUAUUUUCUCUAAGAAAUUCCCCCGUGGAUGUCAUAAUUGUUGUAUAUUGAACAAAUAUUUAUACUUAUGCAGUUGCAUAAUAUUGAAUAAAAAUUUAGCAUGA